UAUGAUUGUUGGGCAGCUUUUCUGAUGGCAUGAAGUGAAGCCAUGCUGUGAUGAUGCCAUAAGUACAUACUGUCACCAAAGACGACCUCAAGCAGCGUGACUGUGUAUACUUACUAGUAUUCCCACGUCUUCACGCGGAAGGUUCUGUGCCCUCCACGUGGACCUACCAUACGAUGCGCCCUUGUCCUGCACCUGCGCUGGCAGCAGUUGGGCGUGCUCGGAGGGCGGUGCCUUCGGAUGGGCGAUUACCACCCUCCAGGACGGUGUCCACGGUUCCACGAAUGCGUAUCAUCAGCCACCGAAACGGUGAAGUGCGUGGUGAAGUGGAUGGCCAGUGCAUCGCGGCCGUCACGCAGGGCGACAACUUCCAAGGACCGAGGACAAGUGGAGUCGUGUAAGCACGUGCGUGUUAGCGUUGCAGGACCGCGGUGGUGGGCAGUAAGGACGACGGCCGGGGCCGGAGAAAUUGUUCUGAUACUUGGUCUCAUUUGAAGAUGCCCCAUACUGGCCAAGCAGGAGUAAAUCAACUUGGAGGUGUUUUCGUAAACGGCCGUCCCCUUCCAGACUGCGUGAGGAGAAGGAUUGUUGAGCUGGCCCUGCUUGGAGUUCGACCUUGUGACAUAUCCAGACAGCUGCUAGUUUCGCACGGCUGCGUCUCUAAAAUCCUCACAAGAUUCUAUGAGACUGGCUCGAUCAAGCCAGGUUCAAUCGGUGGAUCGAAGACAAAGCAAGUGGCAACUCCGACAGUAGUAAAGAAAAUCCUCCGCUUUAAACAAGAAAAUCCAGGGAUGUUCGCUUGGGAGAUACGAGAGCAGUUGAUAUCCCAGAGGAUAUGUGAACCACAUAAUAUUCCGUCAGUUAGUUCAGUUAACAGGAUACUCAGGAACAGCGGAGUAUGGCCGGAUCCACAGGAAGUGAUGCAGCACGCGCGAACAGGACAUAUCCCAGAAGCUUUGAUGAGUGGUGCCGACCCAAGCAUUUACCCCAUGAAGACUUCACCACCGCCAAGCAUGAACCGUUCCCCCACAGACUUCAGCCGAAGCCUUUCCUACUUCACACCGUCAUUUCACCAUCCAGCCUCCCCUUCAGAGACCUCCUACCUGCCUGACAACAGGCUACUGACCCUCCAUCAGCUGCAUAUAGCCACCAGUUCACACCAAAAUGAUGCGGGGGCACCUCAAGCUUGGCCCACUUUGAUCGCUCCUUAUCAGACAAACAGGGUAGACGUAAAACGAACUGAAGAUGUGAACAGUCCUGGAAAGAGGCAGAUCGGUGAAGAAUGUAGUCAGGAUGGACGCACAUUAAAGGAAACCAAAAAGAGAAAUCCAUACUCGAUCGAGGAGCUGCUGAAAAAGCCAGCAAAGAAGACGAAACCGUUAGAGUAUUCUGGGGUGCAACAGCCUUAUGGAGGAUUGCUAAUAACAACAGAUCAUUUUAACAGAAGUGAUGCGACGCGCAGCAACAGCAGCAGUGGCAGCGACAGUGAACAAGAAAAAGAAGUUAAUGUUGACGUGGACUAAAAAAGGGCAUUGUAGUGUAGACUGAUAUUAAGAAGGUUAUUUCGAUCGUGAAAAUGUGGCAUCAAUUAUAAGGUGCAUUUUAGCUUACUAUUUCAAUAUGUCCACCACGUUCAAUCUGUGAUUUUGUUGACAUGUUUCUGGUUGUCUAACAAAUUCAGAUUCGGAAGCUGGAUGCGAAAUUUUGAUUUGGAUCAAGAACUCAUAUUCGAAAUUAGGUAUCGGAAUCUAAAUAGCUAUUCGAAAUUCCGGUUUAAAAUACAAAUUUUGAAUUCGGGUAACUUUCAUUUUAUUCUAUGCAAUUAAAAUUACCAGCAAUGUAAAUAAUUG